AUGUACUUGAACAGUAUGACGAUUUCCCUUGGUUUCCCCUUGGUUUUCCCAGUGUUCGGAGUUGCGCGGAGGACCAAGAGGGCGCGUGCGCUGGCUCCAAGUGUACUAGGUAGGCGGGGGUCUCUUUCGGCUCGAAGCAUGUGGUCAGUUCUGGCUUCGGGGUGA